ACGUCUCCAACCAGUCUUUACGCGCGUACAACCUCUCCAAGAGAAUUCCCUACGGUGGGCCCUCCCCUUUCCGUUUUUUUUGCCGCCCUCCUUCAUUCAUGACCCUGGAUUGAUGACGUAGGAAAUUCCUCGGUGCCCACUGCCGUAGGCAACAACGGGAUGCUUGAGUAUAUAUGAGACACUGGUAGCCACAAACCAGCACACUCUCAGUCGCUCCGACUCGGGAACCAGUGCAUCAGCGAAGAUAGCAGGCUUUACUUCGCCCUCGUAGGCUAACUCGCUUUGGUCUUUGGUUCAGGAUGGACUCCUCUUCGAUUUCUCGAAGCCGACGAUGCUCCAUCAUACGCAACUGCAAAAGCGGUCUCUCCCUCUGGCUGGUGGUGUUGCUGGUCCUCGGCAAGCCAAGUCCGGCAUCGGCGUGCCCGCACUUGUGUGUGUGCUACCCGACGCCCAUGACCGUGAGCUGCCAGGCGCAGAACUUCACUACCGUCCCGGUCGGAGUGCCCUAUGAGUCGCAGCGCGUAUUCCUCCAGAACAACCGGAUCACCGAGCUUAGAGUUGGCUCUUUUGGCUUUGGGACUCAGGUCCUGUGGCUGUUCGCCAACAACAUAACGUGGAUUGAGGCAGGGUCAUUUAGUGAGCUGAGAGACUUGGAGGAAUUGGAUUUGGGGGAUAAUCCCAGCCUCCGCAGGUUGGAGGGGGGAGCCUUCCGUGGACUAGAGAAGCUCCAGAGCCUCCACAUGCACCGCUGUCGACUUACUGCCCUGCCCCAUGACAUCUUCCACAAGCUUUACAGCCUGCAGUUUCUUUACCUGCAGGAGAAUAAUCUUCACUUCCUGCAGGACGACAUCUUUUCUGACCUCAUCAACCUGAGCCAGCUUUUCCUGCAUGGCAACCGUAUCCGCACCCUGUCAGAGAAUGUGUUCCGCGGACUGGUCAAUCUCGACCGCCUUCUCUUACACGACAACCGCAUCAGGCAGGUGAAUCGUCGCGCCUUUCGUGACCUCGGCCGCCUGACCAUGCUCUUUCUCUUCAAUAACUCCCUGGCUGAGCUACCAAGCCAGACCCUGAGGGACACUCAGGGCAUUGAGUUCCUUCGCCUUAACGCCAAUCCCUGGUCCUGUGGCUGCGAGGCCCGCGCCCUGUGGGAGUGGUUCCGCGAGGCCCGUGUAUCUUCAUCGGAAGUGAUCUGCGCCUCUCCUUCCACCCGCCGUAGCCAGGACCUCCGCUUCCUUCGUGAGAUGGACUUCGCCCUCUGCCCCCUGCCAGACCCUGGCUCCAUCGGCGGCUCCACCACCACCACCUUCAGCACCAAAACCCGCUGGUGGUUCCACAAGAACAAGCCCCAGUCAUCAACAAAAGGUCUCUUUGAAAAAUCCUCAGAGACUGUCAAAGCUGGUUUGUACGGGAAAGGCCCAUCCACAACCACCUCAGUAGUCAAGUAUGAGUUGGGGGAGGAAGAGCUGGCACUGCCCAAACUCGACGCUGAAGAGUACUGGGUAAACUACGGCAAUGAGGACUCAGGUGUCACCCUGCGAUGCGUUGAGCUCGACUGUCCACCUGAGUUCGACAUGCCUCCAUCUUCCUCCUCUCCCUCAUCCUCCUCACCCUCUUUCCUCACACUACUAGCCCUUUUUGUUUUAAGCCUCAACCUUCACCUUUUAUUUGGCUGAACUCUUAGUACCACAUCAAUUCCCCUUCCAGCCUGUUUUAAAGGCUUUGAGGAUACCUGUUAGACUGUACACCCCCUUUGCCCGCUUUGCUGUAAGCCAUUCCUCAAGACACAGCAAGGGAGAUAGGGGGACGGUUAGAUUCUGAAUCUACCACCUACAGGGCUUAACACUUUUCAGGGCUGAUAAGAACUCUUCAGCUAAGAUCAUAUAUAUCGACAAUACUCUACAGGUAUGGCUUUCUGUGUCUCACCUGUAUGGUGUCACGUUAUGGUUCCCUGUAAUCAGGGCUACGAGGGUGGAGUCCAUUACUAAUGUCAGUGCAAUUUAAUAGCAGUUGUGAAUGAUGUUGUCAAUUUUGUCAUCUCAACUUAGUUGAGAUGACAAUAGUUAUAACUGCUAUUGCUAUUAGUGCAUCCAAUUAACUGGCUGCUAAUACGAUUGAUGUUAGAAUCAGUGCACAGUAAUGACAAUACUGUAACCACUUAAAGUGUCAUGUAUAUAGGUAUGUAUUUUUGUGAUAUUUGAUAUCUGUGGUCCACUACAAUCACUUUCAUCUUCAUCCAGGAGAGGAGGGUAGUGCUUCUACAGGACAGAGCACAGUGAGGUUAAUGUUGAGACCGAAGAGAAGACAAUAUGCUGUGAGGCUGGGAGGGAGGGAGAAGAAAAAGAGCAAUGCAGGAAGGACAUCUACGAAGAAGGAAGGGAGGUAAGCAUAACGGCAGGGAGAGAAAAGGGAAGGGUUAUUUCAAGAACUAGGAUUAGAAUGAGGAAGAGAGAAAAGGAGGGAGGAGGGGGACAGUGUUCAUGCAGCAAUAAGAAAAGAGGCAGUUAGAAUACAGCGGGGCACUGAAAGGACAGGGCUGGCAGUAGAAGCGACAACUUGCAGGAGAUAAGUAAUAAAUCCACUCGUCCGUGGUGGUCCGAUCAUCCAUCUCGCAAACACCACACCAUCUGUAAAUGUGGUGUCGUGUGAGACCACAGGGAAAGAAUGCUUCCUUUCAGGAAGCCAGAGAUUUCUUUUAUUUUUUGAUGUCUUUCUGUGACAUUGAUAUACUGUGUAAAUAAUGUUGACUUGGAUGCAAAUGAAGAUCUUGAUAAAAAAAUACUUGAUACAAAAACAUCCUGAAUCAUGCUUUUCUUUGGGGCAAUAUUUGCAGAAUUUACUUUAGAAAAUGAUUUACUGUUCUUUACAUGGCAAAUUUGGGGUUGAAAGCAAAAGAAAACAAAUGUGGGACAAAACAACAAAAGAAAACCCCCAAAAAAACAAAA